CGUCUCAUUCAAUUUGUACCAAGAAAUUACCUUUUCACUAAAGUUUUAAAGAUGCCAAAAGCAGUUAGAGAUUUUCAUGAGGGAAUAAAAUACCAUCAAGUUAGAAGAGGAAGUGAUCCGGGAUGCUAUCAGUUACACAGGCCCGCAGACUGUCGUCUCAAGUUUCCGAUCACGAAACGACCGAUCCAUAAAUGCGAGCUGCCGAAGCGAGAGUACACCCUGGUGCCCCAGAUCGGCGGCUGGAGAGUCCACCUCAUCCCGAAGAAGGAAAGAAACUACUACCCAGCCAUCAUGCACAAGAGCGAGUAUGAAAGAUUGAAGAAACAAGCGAAAAUUGUAACUCAAGAAGAACAGAUAGAAGCUAUAAAGGCGCAAGAGGAGGCAAUACAGAGAGCGGCCAAGGAGUCGGAAGAGCGGAAACGGAAGCUAAAGGAGUAUUUGCGACCGCAGCCCGGCGCGGAGGCUAGCGGUACUGCGGAUCCCGAGCUCGAAGGACCAGACCAGGCCGCCUAUACUCUGUCCAGAGCUGAAAUUUUGAAAGCCGACGCCAUGCAAGGUCCGAAGUUGUGCAAUAGGAUAAUAUUGGCAUCCAAAUGCCACGCCAUCCGAGACGCGCAGAUUGUGGAGAAGCAGAUUAUUAAGAAGGAGCUAACGGAAGAAGAAAAAAGAUUGGACGCAAUAAUGGAGGAAAACAGACAAGCGGCCGUGCGCCGAGCUGAGCAAGAAGAGAAGAGACAGAACGAACUGAGACUGCAAAACCUGGCAGCAUUGAAAGAGCAAAUAAAAGCACAUGAUACAGUCAAGAUAAUGGAAGCAGAGAGAAUAGAAGAAGAGAGUAUACGAGUCAACCAAGCCAACAUAGCGAUGCAAAUUGACGAAGCACAGAAACUAAAAGAGAAGCAAAAGAGACAAGCAAAACUAAAAGAGAUUCUUGACCAAGGUAACGCAGAGAUACUCUACUACAAACAGUUGCAGAACGAAGAAGAUCGUAUCAUGGAUGUACGGAUCAAGAACUUUCUGCAGAAGAAACAAGAACGAGAGGCGAAGAAUAGGGCAGAAGCAGCAGCCAUUAAAGCAGCGAAACAGAAAGGAAUUGAUCACAUUGCCAAAGCACAAAAGGCUGAACAAGAGUUGAAAGAAGAGUUGGAGCGUAUCAGGAAUCUGAAGAUCCAAGAAGACGUGGAGAGAGAGUACCGAAGGAAGGAAAGAGACGCAGCUAUCAAGAGGAACUUAGAAAUGAAACGGUUGCACGAAGCCAGAAUCCAACAGAUCAACGACAUCCAUCGUCUGAUAGCCCGGGAGAUCGCGAAAGAUGAGCAGAGCUUCAACAACGCCGCCAAACAGAACGAGGAGUUCAUUCGUAAAGAAAAAGAGAAAGAGGAAAAACGUAGAGCUGACAUCGAGCGCCAUCGUCAAGAGAUUAUGAAGCAAAUUAACGACAAGGAGAAGGCGCGUUCGGAGCUUCGGGAGAAAGUCCACAACGAGGGUGUGGCGCUGCGCAUGGAGCUGGAGCAGCAGGAGAAGUUCGAGCGGGGAGUCAUCAAACAGAAGGUUGCAGAGAUGAGACAGCAGAAGGUUCCCGAGAAAUAUGUCAAAGAGGUCGAGCAGACGCUGGCAAAACACGGAUACAAGUGAUUGCUUACAUUGUAAUGUUAAAUUCUAGUCAAUUCACGAUCAUCUGUUUAUAGUUAGUAAAGAAGUUUUCAGCACA